UACUUGAAAAAUCAGUUUUUGUGGUUUUUCCUCUUUCGCGAUUCUCUGACAUGAGCUUUUGUUACAACUUGUCUUUUGUUACUCUCCUAGUCCACAUCAAAUCCUAUUCCUUCCUUUAGCUAUAUAAGUAAGCUCUCAUUCCCUUCUGCUAAGCACCAAGCACUCAGCAUUUAAGACUCUUAUCCCCUCUUCUCUUUUCCCUUCAACAUACAACCUUAUACAGACAAUGGCCACAGUAGCAUUCUCUGCAAUUUCCCUUCUACUUUUUGUGCUCAAUCUUUGUUUUAGAGGCACAUUUGCGGACUAUGGAGGGUGGCAAGGUGGUCAUGCCACUUUCUACGGUGGGGGUGAUGCUUCUGGGACAAUGGGAGGUGCUUGUGGGUAUGGCAAUUUGUAUAGCCAAGGUUACGGUACUAACACUGCAGCGCUUAGUACUGCCCUAUUCAAUAGUGGAUUGAGCUGUGGAGCUUGCUAUGAAAUGAGAUGUGACAACGAUCCCAGAUGGUGCCUCCCUGGAACCAUCACAGUCACUGCUACCAACUUCUGCCCUCCAAACAACGCCCUGUCAAAUGACAAUGGUGGCUGGUGCAAUCCUCCUCUCCAACAUUUUGACUUGGCUGAGCCUGCUUUCUUGCAAAUUGCUCAAUACAGAGCUGGAAUUGUACCCAUUUCUUUCAGAAGGGUCCCCUGUGUGAAGAAAGGAGGAAUAAGGUUCACCAUCAAUGGACACUCAUACUUCAACUUGGUAUUGGUCACAAAUGUUGGUGGAGCGGGAGAUGUACAUACAAUAUCAAUCAAGGGGUCUAAGACAGGGUGGCAAACCAUGUCAAGAAACUGGGGCCAAAACUGGCAAAGCAAUGCAAUCCUCAAUGGGCAAAGCCUAUCUUUUCAGGUCACCACAAGUGAUGGUAGGACAGUGACAAGCUACAAUAUUGUGCCUGCUAACUGGCAAUUUGGGCAAACAUUUGAGGGUGGCCAGUUUUAGAUUUUUUUUUUUCAAGGAGAAGCAACUGUAUUUAUGUUUCUAUUAUAAUACUGUAAAACUGUUUGUGAGAAGGGGAUGGGGUUAGGGUAUAGAAGAAGGUUGGCCAAUAUGGCUGGCCGUUGCUGAGGUGGUUUAUUGGCACCCGCUAGGCCUUUUUAUAUGACUGAAUAGGGAUGGAUGUUCCCUAGUGGCUUUCUGUUUCAUUCAAAGCCAUCAAAUAUCAUUGUUUGCUUGUAGAUUUAGUCCCCAACUUGUGAUGAAUCGUAGUUGAGUUGGGGCAAUUUAUGUAAUAUGUAAACGAUCAAUUUUAUUGUCGUUUUA